CGAAUCCCGUAAUCGUCCUGCCAAUCACCGCCGGGCACGAAGGCUAUGCCAUGCGGGCCACGAUUUUAGGGGUCACUGGGCUCGUGAUCGUCAUCCGUGUUAAAUAAAGUCGGCCGCAGCGUUUUGCUGACAGUGGGGCUGACAGGACUGCUCUUUCUUUUCUGGUGGAAUUGACCCUUUCCCACGCGGGCUGUCGCAAAACCCUUGUUGACAUUUUUGCGACCGAAACACACCGAACCCUGCUGCACUGUUCUUCACACUUCUGCAUCGACACCGCACCGAUCACACCCACACUCACACUCUCACCCACCACCAUGACCUCCUGCAAAAGCGGUUCCUCGCCGGACUGCAACUUCACCUGCCCCAACGGCGGCUCGUGGUUUGUCUGCGACACGGCGCCGUACUUUGUGGGCUGCUGUGCGUCGGACCCGUGCCACAACACCACCAGCCCGGCCUGCCCCAGCCUGUACGCCGCCUCGUUCAACGGCGCCAUCUUCGACGAGAUCCUCCCCAACCGCUGCCUCGACAACCCCAGCUCCGACUGGUAUACAUGCAAUGGCACCUCCCCGAAAUUCUUGGGAUGUUGCAGUAGCAACCCCUGCGGCGACGGGUGCCCGGACGACGAUCUCCUGCCCGCAGCCUGGAGCUCCUCCUCCGCCGGCCAGCUGAAGCUUUUCCAGGACAACGCCAGCGCGACAGCCACGGCGACGGCGUCCCCGACCUCCACACAAACCUCCUCCCCCGGAGAUUCCUCAAGCCAUCACUCCAGCCUGUCCGGCGGCGCGAUCGCCGGCAUCGCCAUCGGGGCCGCCGCCCUCGUCGCCUUUAUUGCAUUUGCCAUCUUCUUCCUCCGCCGUCGCCGUCGCCGGGAAGCCACCGCCGCCGAAGCCGAGCGCCAGCACAUGUAUCCCGGCGAGUAUGGAUACCACAGUCCGUUAUCCUCGCCGUAUCAAGACUCGCACAUGAGCAGCCCCGAUCCGGCCAGUAAAUACCCCUCCGGCUCGACGGCGGGCUUCACCAUGUCCCCGCCGGCCUCGCACAUCGGCCCCGACGGCCGCCCCGUCUCCGAGAUCUACUCCCGCGGCGAGGACCAUCUCCGCCCGACCCACGGGCUGGGCCUGUCGGCCCCGACGAAGGUGCAGCCCAUCCCCGAGUUGGACAGUACGCAGCCCCGCACGACGGAGGUGCAUGAGUUGGAUGGGUUGAAUGCGCGGUAGGCUGGUUUUCGGAGCUGCGCGGUAUCUGUGGUUUGAUGCUCGGAUACCGGGUUGAUGAGGGCUAAGUGGGUGGGGGUUUAAUGUCUUUAUUUCUUCUGUGCGUGUGAUGGCUCGGGACCCUUGAUGAUAUACAUGGCCCGACGAAUGUAAUAUGAGUAUGAGAUCGUGGACUGUAC